CCACAGGAAGGAACGAAACAGAGAAGUGUGCAGCGAACAACGGAAGUGGGUCUAACCUCAUCUCUUGUCACGCCUACCGUAGAACGUGUCGUCGCAGAAGUUUCUCCUACGCUGACCAGAAUAGGCGCGAAGCGACGUUAUUUCUAGAAAUACAGUCAAGAAACCAGCGAAGCAGAGCAUUACGUGAUCACUACGUCGUGAGGGAUAUCGCGGAGAGAUGGCGCCACCGGUGGCGGGCAAGGCUAGCAUCGUACGAAGAGGAGGAGCGAGGCUUUUAGACGUGAAGUCGUGCGAAACUACAGAGGACACGCGGUCGCGGAUCAAGAAUGUUCUGAGGCGUCGUUCCGCUCUGUCUAAUAAGGCACACAAGUGCAUCAUACGUGGAUUUCUUCACAAGGUAACAAAUAAAAUGGCGUCCAAUGAACCAGCUGAAGAUUCCAUGAAGUCCUCAGUAACAGAUAUAUCUGAGUCAGUGACAGAUGUAUCUGAGUUGAAAAUAGAUCAGACCAAAUCACCAAUUACUCCAUCGAUCAAUGAGGACAAUGAGCUGAAUAACGUGGAAGCUGUUAAAGUGGAAGACAAGAAAGAUCCAAUUUUAGAACAGAACAAUACAACAGAAGAGAAGAAAGAUACUGUUAAUAUAGAAGAUAAAAACAAGCAUAAUUUAAGGUCACUAGUAACUGAUAAGAAUGAACAGGAUGAUAAGAAAGAAAAUCAGGAACAAGAUGUAAAAGAGGAAAUAAAACAGCAAGAGACGGAAAACAUAGCCAUGUCACCACAUCCCCAGGAUGUAAAUACGAAGGAUCUUAAUAAUGAGGACAAAGACUUGGUGAAAGAUGGAGGUCCUUUAAAACGAAAACGGAAGAGCCAAAGUUCCAGCAUGUCGCCGAUAGAUUCUCCCGUGGAAGAGAGCGGCACGAGAAGCAAGAGAAAAAAGAAUACAACCAAGAAUACAAACGACAAAUUCUGCUGGCGAUGUCAUAAAGAGACAGUAGAUGUUUAUUGCACCGCCUGUCCUCGUUCAUGGCAUCGUAAAUGCAUAGGCGGCAUGCCGCCAUCCUCGCAGAAAUGGAUAUGCGGAGAGUGUGUGACCAUCUUGACGGCAGAAAACGCCGAGACACGUUCAUCUGCCAUGGCGCAGUUGUCUGUCGAGCAGCUGUGCGUCUUACUUAAGAAUGUGGUCGAGAGGUUGCGCGAAUAUCCAGGUUCCGAACCGUUCUGCAAGCCCGUGAAUCUUGUGGAAGUGCCGAAUUAUUUGAAUUACGUCAUCAAGCCGAUGGACUUGAGCCUCUUGGAGUCCAAUGUGCGGUCUAAGCUCUACGGCAGCACGGAUGCGUUUAUGGCCGAUGCCAAGUGGAUUCAACACAAUUGCAUCGUUUUUAAUACGUGCGGCGGAGUUUAUGCGGAUGUUUCAAAAUUAACAAACACCGCGAAGCAGAUUAUCAAAUGUGCACGUUCUGAUAUUUCGGAAAUUGAAGCGUGUCCCGAUUGCUAUGCGCACAGCCGAAAUUUGCCCCGAACCCAACCAACCUGGUUCAUCGAGCCUUGUCGUCGACCACAUCCACUCGUUUGGGCUAAGUUGAAAGGAUUUCCAUUUUGGCCGGCAAAAGCAAUGCCGCGUGUAAACUCGCAAGGUUUCGUUGAUGUGCGCUUCUUUGGGGAACAUGCUCGUGCCUGGGUAGCUCCGAAGGAUAUCUAUUUGUAUUCCGAGGAACCACCAACACCGUCAUCACGCAAAAGAAAAUCAGAAAUGGACGAAUGUGUGCGCGAGAUUACACGUCACUGUCGAAAGCUCGAGCUCAUAUUCGGCCAGUUCAAGUUUGCACCGCCCAAGGUGCAGUACAAUCCAAACGAUCCGAUGCAAAUAACGCUACUGUUGCCGAAUUACAAUCCUACAGAUCCUGAAAAUCGUUUGAUAAACUCCGUAUCUCCUGAGUCGAAGAAGAAAAUUCCACCGAGAAAACGAAGUCUGCACAAGGACAAAUUGCAACAUGACGAAUCAGUUAACGACGAUAACGGGGAACCAAACGCUUCGAAAGAAAAUAUUAACGGUGAUAAUCAGGAAAAGGAGAACGACGUUAGAGAGCGAAAAGUACAAAAAUUAGAUUUUGACGCUAAGGUUACACCGAACUCGCAGAGUAAUUUAAACGAUAAUCACAGUGAGUUAAAUGAGAAAGUAAACCAAGAGAUCGGAAAAGUUGCUCAAAACAAAAUUGCAGAGAGCGGAGCGAAGAGAACUAAGACGCCAGUAGUGAAAAGCAAUGAGAACGACAAUGCACUUAGCCCUGAUAAGACUACAGCGGACAAAAGUAAUUCGCAGGAAGAGAAAAACGAAAAAAAGCCGGUAACGGAGCAGCCAUCCAUAUCGCCUCGCAAGUCGCUUAAUAUGAUGCGAGUGCGGAAGAAAAGCGUCCCAAAAAACGCCGCUAAAUGGGAAGCCUCUCCGAAUACGCCAAAGUCAACGCAAAAAAACGCCAAAAGCGAUACGGCCAAAUCGUAUAAGCCGAAGAAGCAAAUGGUCGACAAACUGAAUGCGGAGAAAGCGCUCAAGUCCAUCUCCGUAAGCAAGGAAAAUAACCGACUAACUAUGCCAAAUGCAAGUGGACCAGCUACCAAAAGGUUGUCGUUGGGCAGCAAGGCAAAGAACUCAGCGAGCAGCAAGAAGAUCUCGGAAAUUGAUGUAACGUUGUCGCAGUCUGCGGCAUCGAUUAUUAAAAAUCUCCCUAGAAUUGAGCCUCGUCCCAUCAUACAGUCGACAGAUCCUCAAUCUUCUGUAUCUUUCGUACCCUCCAAAGAUCCAAAGUCUGUAUUGCUUCUUGUCGUGAACAAGGACACAGCGCCGGAAGCUGCGAAGCAGAAGGCUGCAACGGAUUAUCUGGAGAACAAGGAUACGUUAGUGGCGGUCCAACGAGAAGCGAAGGACACGCACGACAGUCCGCCGCAAAAAAAAGAGAGCAAGGCCAAGAAAAGUUUCCCGAAUAAAUCGAGUGAUGAUGCACAAAUCAAUUCACGCACAUUAACGACGACCACGGCUGAAUUUCCAGUUCAAGUUUCCAUCUCAAAGUCCAAUACUUUCUCCAAUGCAUCCUUUAGCGAAUCCUCCUGCACAUCCUCCAAAACUUAUCAGAUGCUGCCGCCGGAAGCCGGACCGAUCAGCGCACGUCUGCAUCACAACACGCAAGAGUUAGCGCGUAGGAUUGGUCAGUUGAUGGAAGAAGCGUAUAAAGAGGCGGCUGAAGCUGAAACUGUCGAUAAUGGCGAAAACAGUACCGCCGAUAAUUAUCAGGCUACUGUAUUCUUCCUGCGUAUGCAGAUCGAGCAUAUGAAGUGGCAGCAUCAGCAACAAAUGGCUGAACUGCAACACAACGCUGAUCGUACGAUGCGCGAGAUGCGAGCGAGUUUGGAGGCGGAGAAGCUAAGAUCGAUUCAAGAGGCGCGCCGGGAGGUCGAGGAAGACAAGAUUCGGUGUAUCGAGGAGACGAAGCGAAAACAAUGGUGCGCCAAGUGUGGGCAGGAGGCAUUGUUCUAUUGUUGCUGGAACACCGCGUACUGCGACUAUCCUUGUCAACAAUUGCAUUGGUCAACGCAUAUGCAUACGUGUUCACAGCAACUCACAACCAUCGUCAAAUCCAGUUCCAGCAUGAACGCGAACUCGCAAGUGCAGGUGAUGCCCAGACUCGUGUUUAAUGCGACGUCGGACGUACGGAAGGCCUAGAGUGGAUUGGUAACGAUAAUAGCGUGCAAGGUCCGUCUGGCAAAGUAUAUGCUCUACCACGCAGAAAAUUGAGCAGGAUUUCAUCAUCACGGUCUACUUCGACCGUAAAAGAUAAGACUAAUCAAGACUCACUUUAAGCAAAUCAUCCCAUUUUUCCUUUUCCACUUCUUCCAUUUCCUUUUUAUUUAUGACCGUAAAUCGGAAGCAUAUUCGGACGGCGCGGUUAAAAAAUGCGGAAACUUCGUCUUUCUGUGAAGAGCAUCUGCGUAGAAACUCUGAUAUGAACUGCACCAUAUGUUUAAUCCUUACGGUCAAGAAAGGUAGAUGUAUGUAUAGUCAACACUUUCCUCUGUGAAGAGGAGAAGGUACAUCUUCAAAUGUGCAAUUUGUAAUGUGUCAUUGGUGUUCCUUAAAUAAUUAAAUUCUCCCUAAAUAAUUAAAUAGACUCAAUUUUGUAGCAAUACACGUUUGGAUUAAGCUUAUUCUUUUUAGUAAACUUGUACUUCUGUAAGUAUUUAAUACGAGGUACGUCGUUAAACAGGCACUGAGUAUUUUUACAGUACGAUAGUUCAUAGACACGUUCAUAGUAAUUUAACACACUCGUUAUCAUGGUUUAUUUGGGUAAGUGACCCCACAGAUCAGCUAGUAGUUUUUUUUACCUUUUUUUUGUAAUGUAAUGUGUAAAAUAGGUUCUAAAAAAUAAAUCAUUACCGUUGCACAUAUUGGGAAAAAAAUACUUGAAAAUUUGUAGGAUACAAAAUUUGCAGAAAUAAGUUUUACUUCCCAGAUAAACUUUAUAUAUGCCACAAAUAAAUUUUCAAGUAUUUUUUUUCAGUGCGUACGUGAUAUUGAUUCCUCAUAAAAGAUCACUUUAUCAUACAUGUUUCACACUAAUAGUAAAUGUGUUCAACGACAAUUAGUUUAUUUCCCAAAUUUCCUAACGUACGACUUCGUAGUUACGUAGUAAUUUGUAUAGCUUUUCUGUUUACGUUACAUUUGUUCAGAACGUAAUGUAAGAGAUGAAAAUUAUUUUUCCAAUAAGAUAAUUUUGCAACGAAAGGCACACACAAUUUCUAGAUAAGACAACUGGCGUAUUUGUAAAAUAUGAUAAAUGUAAACAUUUAUUUUCUUUGUCUCUUAGCAAAUUUAUAGGUGAGUAAAAUAAUAUGUAUAAUUAGAGGACGAUGAUUCGAUAAGUCCAUCCAAACAAAUAAUAUAUCAAUACGUUUAUUAAUAAAAUCAGUCAACAAAGAUA